CCACCCACACGGCCACACCAAAAACCAAACGGCACGGAACGCUGCAGUUUUCCAAUCAGCCCCUGACCGACCACAUAUUUGGAAAAGCUUUCCCACUCUUGUGCCCUUUUACGCGUAGCCCCCAGCAUCUCGCGUGUGACUUUCGCCGGAGCUACAAUAUGAAUGGUCAAACCACCAUGGGGCUCGCCGCCGCCGUGAGGCCAUGCCGCCAGCGCCUCCUCACCUCCGCCUCAGCCGCGGCCGCGAAGGCCUCUGUGAUCCGGCUCUUCCCAAGAUGCCCCCACCCGCAACACCAUCACCACGGCCGACGCCUCCCGUUCCUCGUGUCGGCGGCGUCGCAUACCUCGCAAUCCGACCCGAGCACCACCCCCACCCCCACCCCCGUAACCUCCGAUCCCCGUUCCGCCGUCGCUGGCAACCUCCCCUUCUUCGACCGCGUGCUCUUCCCGGGCUCCUUCCCUCCGGAGACCCCGCCUGUGGAGGACCCGGCGCCGCCGGCUGAUUUUCGCCCGGCGUCUGCUUCACCGGUGAGAGAGGAGACGGAGACGGAGAGGGAGGCAUGGAGGCUACUGAGGAGGGCUGUGGUGAGCUACUGCGGCGAGCCGGUCGGCACGGUGGCGGCGGAGGACCCCGAGUGUACGGAGAUGCUUAACUACGAUCAGGUCUUCAUCAGGGACUUUGUGCCCUCCGCUCUUGCCUUUCUCAUGCGCGGGGAGACCGAGAUCGUCCGCAAUUUCCUCCUCCACACCCUGCAGCUGCAGAGCUGGGAGAAAACUGUUGACUGUUACAGCCCUGGGCAAGGCUUGAUGCCAGCUAGUUUUAAGAUUAGGACCAUUCCACUUGAUGAAAACAAUGAAGCAUUUGAGGAGAUUCUGGAUCCUGACUUUGGUGAAUCAGCUAUUGGCCGUGUAGCUCCAGUUGAUUCUGGACUUUGGUGGAUUAUCUUACUGAGAGCAUACUGCAAGAUUACAGGAGACUAUUCAUUGCAAGAAAGAGUGGAUGUGCAAACCGGGAUUAAGCUGAUCUUGAGUUUGUGUUUGUCUGAUGGGUUUGACAUGUUCCCCACUUUACUGGUCACAGACGGAUCAUGCAUGAUAGACAGGAGGAUGGGGAUACACGGGCAUCCUCUUGAGAUUCAAGCUUUGUUCUAUUCUGCUCUGAGAUGCUCAAGGGAAAUGAUUGUUAUGAACGAAGGCUCAAAACACCUCCUCCGAGCCAUCAACAACAGGCUCAGUGCAUUGUCUUUUCACAUUAGGGAGUACUACUGGGUCGAUAUGAAUAAGAUAAACGAGAUCUACAGAUACAAGACAGAAGAAUACUCACAUGACGCAACUAACAAAUUUAACAUUUAUCCCGAGCAAAUUCCUUCCUGGCUUGUUGAUUGGAUUCCUGAGAAAGGGGGUUAUCUUAUUGGGAAUCUGCAGCCAGCUCACAUGGAUUUUAGGUUCUUCUCACUUGGCAACCUUUGGGCCAUAUCUUCAUCUCUAACUACUCCAACACAAGCCGAGGGAAUACUUAGCCUUAUUGAAGAGAAAUGGGAUGAUCUUGUAGCAAAUAUGCCCGUCAAGAUCUGUUACCCUGCAAUGGAAUAUGAUGAAUGGCGCAUUAUUACAGGCAGUGACCCUAAGAACACCCCAUGGUCAUAUCAUAAUGGUGGAUCUUGGCCAACCCUACUGUGGCAGUUUACACUGGCCUGCAUCAAAAUGGGAAGACCAGAGUUGGCCCGUAGGGCCAUUGCAGUGGCUGAGGAGAAGCUCUCAGCUGACAAGUGGCCAGAAUACUAUGACACCCGGUCUGGAAGAUUCAUUGGGAAGCAGUCACGGUCAUAUCAGACAUGGACUAUUGCUGGUUUUCUGACCUCCAAGAUGUUGCUGGAAAACCCAGAGCUGGCUUCUAUCCUGACCUGUGAUGAGGAUCUUGAGCUCCUUGAAGGCUGUGCUUGCUGCCUCUCGAAGAGGACUAGAUGCUCACGGCGUGCGGCCAAAUCAGAUAUCAUUGGGUAAAACAGCAGAAACCCUUCUACUCUUGCUACUCAGCACACAAGUAUACGAUCGACUGAGAACUAACUGAAGUGGAUACACUCUAGCCAUGUACAAAUCAGAUAUCAUUGGGUAAAACAGCAGAAACCCUUCUACUCUUGCUACUCCGCACACAAGUGUACGAUUGACUGAGAAUUAACUGAAGUGGAUACACUCUAGCCAUGUACAUUAUAGGUUUACGGUAGAUAUCCAUCCAUUCAUUCAUUCCCUCAAUGUGCGCUCAUUCUUUUUUGCUGAGCCGCCAUUGAUGGGAACUGCCCUGGGUGAUACCGGUGGUCUAGAAGAGCAUCGCCAUUUUAUGUUGGAGCUCUCAUUUACACACAAAAGAGUAAUUUGCUCCUGUAUCGGUCACCUGCCUCUCCUGACUCGGGAGUGAUGCCAAGUCCUGACGAGUAUAUCUCUAUCAGCAUUUGAGCUGUAUGUUGCAUUAUUUGCAAAACUGAGACUCUGUACCAUGUUCUUGUCAUGAAUAAUGACACGUUUUCCAUUUGAUUC